AUGGGGAAUUUCCCUACCCGCCAUGAGUACCCCGGCACAGCGUUGACCUUCAUGGCGCAUCUCGAUGAGCUGCGCCAGGUGCCUGCAUGGAAGUCCGACAAGAGUAAACAACUCCUUGAGCGAUUCCAGAGAGGCUGGACUGCUAUCCAGACAGACAAAGCACCCGCACUCCAUUAUGUCGACUGUGUUGCCUAUCACGUCGAGCAAUAUCUCAAAGAUGUGACUUGUAUCAGUACAGCCCGUGUUUCUGACGUUUCGGUUUACUCCGAAGUGAUGAAGGAUAAUCCAGACACCUGGUCGGCCAGAUCACUUCCUACAAAAUAA